AUGGAUUUGACUAUCGAAUGGUUUAAGGACCACCAGAUUCUCAGCGUGCCUGGAGAUUGCCACAAGCAAAACCCAAGACUUGCUCUAGGCGGAUGGUGCUAUCAGGAAUGUAACACCCACUACCCUGAUAACGACGAUACUCUCGUCUCUCUGCUGUGUAUUGCCAUGCACGAACCCGCUGAACUAUCAUCUAAAGCAUCACUGGCAGCUAUUGACUUCCUGCUGGGAAUGCAAUGCACGAAUGGCGGAUGGGCAUGUUUCGACGGCUGGGAUAAUCGCAACUGCUGGUUAAACUAUACACCGUUUGGUCAAGGCAACGAGUUCUUUGACCCAAGUGUGCCAGACAUCACCGGACGCGUUUUGGAAUGCUUCGGAAUUUUGCUCGCGCUGAGUGAUGACUUCUAUCGCAAGACUGGCAAGAGACUGUUGAUGGAUGAAAUGUGUCUCCAAAUCAGACGCGCUUGUCACAAAGCCAUUCAAUACCUCCGGACCGAGCAAGACUCCCAGGGACGAUGGAGAAGUCGAUGGCAUGUGAACUAUCUGAACGGAACAUACAGUGUACUUUGUGGCAUGAAGUUCUGUUCAGGAAGCAUGCACAGUAAGAAGAGCAGAGGCUGUAAAGAUGAGAUGAUCCAGCAACCAAUUUCGUGGAUCAAGUCUGUACAGAACCAGGAUGGAGGAUGGGGUGAAGGCGCAUCGACGUAUCAACAGGGCUAUGCAACGGAAAGAUUUGAUAGUACACCGACGCAGACAGCAUGGGCCAUCAUGGGGCUCCUUGCACACUUACCACCCACAGACAUUGCAAUUGUGAAUGGCAUACAAAAUCUUGUCCGUACACAAACAAUUGGAAUAUGGUACCGGGAUAGGCGCUGGUCCGAGCGCGACAUGGCGGCAAAAAGAAUUACUCAAGCUCGCGUCAUGGAUAUCCCAUGA